GAUGGCGGCGGCGGGCCGGUGGCGGGCCGGGCUGGCCCUGCUGGCCGUGGCGCUGGGGCUCGGCGGGCCGCGGGCCGAGCAGACCGAGGAGCACCUCAAACGCGAGCACUCGCUGUCCAAACCGUACCAGGGUGUGGGCUCGGCCAGCUCGGGGCUGUGGGACCUGCUGGGCAACGCCAUGGUCAUGACCCAGUUCAUCCGCCUCACCCCCGACGUGCAGAGCAAGCAGGGAGCCGUGUGGAACCGAGUGCCGUGUUACCUGCGGGAUUGGGAGAUGCAGGUGCACUUCAAAAUCCACGGGCAAGGCAAGAAGAACCUGAACGGGGACGGAUUCGCCAUCUGGUACACCAAGGACAGGAUGCAGCCGGGACCUGUGUUUGGGAGCAAGGAUAACUUCCUGGGGCUGGGAGUGUUUGUGGACACGUAUCCCAACGAGGAGAAGCAGCAGGAGGCUCAGAAGAGGAGGUACAGCCCGGGAAACCAGCGCGUGUUCCCCUACAUCUCGGCCAUGGUGAACAACGGCUCCCUGACCUACGACCACGACCGCGACGGGCGGCCCACGGAGCUGGGCGGCUGCACGGCCAUGGUGCGCAACCUCAACCACGACACCUUCCUGGUCAUCCGCUACGUCAAGAGGAGGCUCACGGUGCUGAUCGACAUCGACGGCAAACACGAGUGGAGGGACUGCAUCGACGUGCCCGGCGUGCGCCUGCCCCGCGGGUACUACUUUGGGACGUCUUCUGUCACCGGGGACCUGUCAGACAACCACGACAUCAUCUCGCUGAAGCUGUACCAGCUGACGGUGGAGCGGACGCCGGAGGAGGAAAAGCGGGAUAGGGAAGUGUUCCUGCCCGUUGUGGACAACCUGAAGCUGCCAGGAAUGGAGGCGCCGCUGGAGCCCAUGAGCGGCCUGGCCCUCUUCCUGAUCGUCUUCUUCUCCCUGGUCGCCAUCGUCUUCGCCAUCGUCAUCGGGAUCAUCGUCUACAACAAGUGGCAGGAGCAGAGCCGGAAACAUUUCUAUUGACUCGGAAAUUCCUGGGAUGGCCCAGGGCUUUGCCGGCCACAUCCCGACUCCCACCCAUCCCAGGGCGUGAGGGACCGGCCCUCGUGGUAGGGACACCCCCCAAAAUCCCAGCCGGGGAUCCCUGCGGGACUCCGGAUCCGGGUCGGAGCGGGAACGGGGCCGGAGCUGGGGCUGUGCCAGGGAGCCCCAGCGCGGGCAGGAGCUGGCACUGGGACCGUGCCAUCCCAGCCGAGGGCUGCAGCUGCCUUCCCCGCUGGAUUCCUGCUGGAACCCCUCGCUGGCACUGCUGGGAGAGACUCCCCGAGCUCUCCCUGCCGUUCCCAUCGUCCGGCUGCCCUCGGAACCCUCCCCGGACGAGCCCCUCUGGGCCGGGAGGAGCCGGAUGCUGACGGUUCUCCCAGAGGGAUGAGUUUUCCUGGCUGGAUGAGCUGGAAAAGCUGCCUGGCUGCUGCCCCCUCCUCACUUUGGAGGUUCCCACUGCCCGUUUCCCGCUGCCCAGCAUGUGGCUGUCCCCUGCAUGUCGUGUCCUGGCUCCGGGCAGCGCUUCCCCCUCGGAGCUCGCCGCUUCCCGGGAGCCUCCGGGGCCAUUCCCGAGCCUCUCGCUGCCCGCCAGGGAGACGGGGGCAUUCCUACCUCAGGGACUGCUUGGGACAGGGAUUGCUCCGGCCGCUCCUUCGCCCCCGGCGGGGUCACCGGGUGCCCAGAGGGGUCAGGAGAGGGAGAGGUUGGAUCAGUGGGGACUUGGGGGUUGAAAUGGCAGCGCCCUCCUUGCCAGGAUCCGGGAGAGCCGAGCCCAGCCCUGCAGCUUUCCAGGAUAUUCCCAGCCAGGACAGGUCCCCGUGGGGGUCUCGGUGGCUCCCCGGGCCAGGGGGGGACUGGGGGUGAUUUUCCACGCUGUCAGCGGGGUGGUGGGAGCUGUUUCCAAGUGCCCAAUGCAGGGGUUGUGGCACCCAAGGAGAGUUUUCCUGGUGUUUUGCCUCUUCUUUUUUGCCUGAUCCGCAGGAUCCACUCGCGUGUGCCUCUCCCUGGAGCUGUGAGCGGAGUUUGGAAUAAACGUUGAGGGCUGUGUGUGA